AUGACUUCAAGAAUCUGGGCUGCCGCCCUCUUAAUGGCCCGUGUGGGCUUCGCUGCAACUCCGGUCAUUGAUCCAACCCUUAAGCCAUCGUUCCCAACUGUGGCAAACAUCUCGCGGGUUGAUCACAGUCUCUCAACGUAUGACCGCAUUGUGCUUAUGGUCGAUGAGCAGCCAUUCUUCUAUAAUGGCGUGCAACUACGAAUCGACAAGAUGGCCGCAGCUUGGAACAUGACCGAUGCUCAGAUCGAGCCCUUCUUCCAGUUCGUGGCCAACGACGGCUUUACCGUGAUCAAUUCGCAGCUCACUUGGGCUGACAUCCAACCGGACACCUGCUUCAACGCUACAGAGUCAGCAUACGUUCGCGGCGGUAGCUAUGAAAACACCAAUUAUGGGGCCAACAGCACACUCCGAAUUGCGUACGAAUCCGGCAACGAAUCGAACCAGGCGUUAUCAUACAUCAAAUUCGAUUUCAGCGACUAUUCGCUCGAUCAAAUCGAUGCUGCGAAAGUGCGCAUCUACGUGAAUGUAGCCCCUGACAACAGCGCACCAUUCUCCGCUAAUCUAUACGGUAUAGCCAACAAUACUUGGUCGGCAUCCGAUAUCACUUGGGCCAAUUCCCCUUCCCAUGACGGUGUCAAUGUCUCAGGCGUCAAAAAUACAGACUACUGGUUUGCUGAUUCCAGCCCAUCAUGGGAUCCAAUCAACAAAGCUAGUUACUACGACUUCGAUGCUUCCGACUUCAUUAGCAAUAACUGCCCAGAUAAAAUCGCCAGCUUCAUCUUCCAAUCGCAGGUGAACAGCAGUACUCUCACCAACGGUGCUAGUCUUGACGGUGCCCAGGGCGCCUCUCCCCCUCAACUUUGGCUAUCGAGCACGAACAGCUGGGAUUUUACCCAUGUGGAUAAUAUGUUAAAAUGGGCUGGGGCUGCUGGAAUCAAGCUUGAGUUCAUCUGGUUUGGUUCAGACAGCACCAGCUCGACUGAAGACUUUCGAGUCCCAUACUUUGUCUUUCGCCACAAUCUGGUACAAAAAGUUCAAUCAGAUGGCACCGUUGUGCCCGUUAUGCUCAAGAAUCAAGGUUACGGCUAUGGAGUUUAUUGGUAUUUGGCAGACAAAAAUGACCUCUCCCUUCGAGCACUUGAGAAGACGGCUCUCAAAGCUUUGAUGAACCAUGUGGCGGUAUAUAACACCGUAAAUGGAGACAAGAAAACGCUUAUCGGAAUUGAUAUAGCUAAUGAGAACUCAGUCACGCAUAUCCACGGGGUUGGUGAUACUGUCUGGCACAACCCAGCCACCUGGAGCGCCUAUGUCAAUUUUUCAUCUCAGGCAGCCUUUGUCGCCCGCACAGAGUGGGAGUACUCGGUAAAUUUGGCAAACGGUGUCAAGGAGUCAAACUACCCCAUUUGGACCAGGUUAAACACCUUCACCACGGCCGAGGAAAAAUCCAUCGAGUACAACGAGCAGAUGAGGUUAUCGGGCGGUACCAGUCUAGACUUUGUUGGUCUCGAUCCCUAUUCCACUUCCACGAGCAUUCUAUACGAUUAUGGUCACCAAACGGUCGCAAUCGGCGGUUCUAACGAGAACUGGGCCCUAGGGUCUAACCUCCCCCUAGUUAUGGAGAACUCGGGUGCUGCAUCCAGUGCUGAAUCGCUACUACUUGCUUCCCUGGCUGGUGGAGCCUUCUACAACGUCUACGAAUAUAUGGGCCCUGAUAAUUUUGGAUUAUAUUAUCCAAAAAGCACAACCACGGAUGACUUCACCCCAGUCGCCCGCAGCUCCUACGUCUCCAAUGUCGUCGACACCAAUCAUUUAUUGAAGUCCUUAGCUCUGGAUUUGUCGUCGAAAAGACCCAGCGGCGCCAAUGGAACGAAGCUAGUCUAUUUUAAUCCUUUCAGCAACAGUACCUUCGAUAAGGGCAACAUUUUGGACUUUCCCGUGAUGUUCACACCUGCUUCGACUGGUGGUGUUGGAUUCGGUAUUGUGCGGAGUAGCCAUACUAUUUUGCUGGCCAGUACACGAAAUGCAACUUUCAACAUCGAUGGCCUUACAGGUUACGGCAUCGAUGCAGUUGAGUAUGGGUACUACUCAGGCGGUAAUUUCGUGGCAAAUGGCACAUAUCCAUUUACUACCAGUGGAACAAAUAUCACGAUCAAUGCUACCAACAGCCAGCUUGUUCAUAUCCAAACCAAGGAUACGUUUCCUGUCUGA